AUGUCGUCGUUUCGUUCAUCUCAAGAGACUCUUGUGAACCCAAAGAGAAAGUCAUUACAUACAGUUGAAACUUGUGUGACUAGAUUACUUGUAUCGACCAAGCAUUUACUCGAGAGUUUAACACAAUGGGCUAGACAAGAAGCUGAUGACAAGUUUGUAUCGGAUGCCUAUGUAAAAUUGGGCAAUGACUUUAGAGCAGCAACGAAAGCAUUUGCACAUAGUGGGAUUGACACCUCUGAUCUUGGUAAUGUACCACAAGCGUUGAGAACGAUUUUGGAAGAAGCAUUGAGUGAAGCUCCCUCCCAGGAAAAUCUUGAUCGGUUUUUGCCCAACAUAAGAAAUAUUAUUGUUACGCUACUACAGAACUUGAAAGCUAAGCAGGGACGAGCCAGAAUUAUGUCUCAAGAGCGUGCUAGAGAGGAGAGUAGGGAUAGGAGUAGCAUGAGCAUGGAUCAGGGGGAAGGUGGAGCUAGAGAGACUCCAUCAGAUACAAAUCCAACAACUUGGAACACUUCGACCACUUUAGAAGCUCCAAUUAGGGAAGCUCCGAUUAGGGAGGCGCCAAUUAGGGAGGCGCCAAUUAGAGAGGCACCAAUUAGGGAGGCACCAACGAGGGAGGCACCAACGAGGGAGACACCAACGAGGGAGACACCAACGAGGGAGACACCAACUAGGGAGGCACCAAUCAGGGAGUAUCCCAGAGAUACGUCAACUCGAGACGCACCUUCAUCCAGGUUCUCUCGUGAGUCCAACAGAUCUCAAAAUGAGGCAUUACUUCAACUUCAAAAUGGUGAUGCUAUGCAACGUCGGGCUAGCAAACGAUUCAGUGCUUACCAGUAUGCCAAACUCACUCAUCAACCAGGUGGGAUUGAUUCAUCCCCAGCACUUCCUGUACCCAAAUCACCGAUCAAUACAGCCAACAACUCAAUUUUGGAGGAACUGGAAGUUUACGUUUUGUUAAGGAUAGGCCAAAAGACUAGAAAGGCAACUAUCGCCACACCGAUAGCCUUAGCUUCCAUUAGAUUGCUCUUUGUUGAAAAAUUUGCGUACUCACCAGGAUCAGGUAAUUUUCCUGACAUCUAUAUCCAGGAUCCACAAACAAAGGUGUUUUAUGAGUUAGAAGAGCAGUCCUUAAGUGAGGUGAAAAAUGGCUCGUUGUUGAGUUUGAACGAGGAGAGCACUGAUCAAUUUGGUCAGUUGAAUGCGAAAAUUGAAACGCUUGUUGAGAAAAUUGAAGCGAUGAAUAGUGGCAUUCUCAAUCUCCAGAGUCCCACUCCAGUGCCAGUGACUACCUCAGACCUGGAUGAUCGAAGAGAAGUGACAUUAAUUGAAAAUGAACUUCGUACAAUUAAACUGAUUAACAAGACGUCUACCGAAGCAUUUAAAAAAGUGCUUGCAAACAUUUCCAACCAAUUGAAGAGAUUCCAAGAGUCAAAUGUGGAAGUCUCUCAAGACUCAAACAGAAUGUAUAUGGAGUCAUGCCAUUCAAAGUUGUCGGACGACUCCGAUGCAUUAUUGACCAAAGUAGAUGAUUUACAAGAUUUAAUGGAGGAGAUGAGGAAGGAUGUGGCGCAAAGAGGUGUUCGAGUUGGCGAAAAACAAUUGAAACAUAUAACAAAGGAAAUUGCCGAUGCAAAGAAGUCACUUGACGAAAUGAGCAACUUUAUAUCUAAUGAAAAGUCAAUUUGGAAAAAGAUUUGGGAAUCUGAAUUGGAUAAAGUUUGCGAAGAGCAACAAUUUUUUAAAUUGCAAGAUGAUUUAACUAGUGAUUUGCAAGAGGAUUUACAAAAGAUCCAAGAAACUUAUGAAUUGAUUGAACAAUGCUCUAUUGAACAAAGUAAAGGUGCAUCAUCGAAGCGUAAUAAAGUCAUGGCCAAUUUGCACAUUCCUGAACCUGGGGAAAGCUUGCACGACAUUCAAGGACAAGUGUUGAUUGAUAUUGCCCAAUUGCACCCAAAUCAUGAAAGCAGAUUGGAGGCAAUAGAACGGGCUGAGAAAUUGAGACAGCGAGAAAGACAAUUGUCGCAACUAAAUAAGUUUCAAGAAGAGUUGGGUGAUUUCGUUGACGACAAUAGGUUAAAAAAAUCCGGUGGUAUUGAAGAGGUAGAAAGUUUACGAAAGCAACGUGAUCAAGAAAAUUUGAAAAACUCAUUUGGUAUUGUAUAG